GUGGCAUAGCGGGAAAUCAUGGCCAAGUCAUUGGUGCUUAUAAAGCGACGUGUCCAAAGCGAAAAUUGUUUAAUGUGUAGUGAACAUUUAAGAAUGAAGUUUAAUAAAGUAAUAUUGGCCUCCGGGCUUCUGCUGGCUAUGGCAAAUAUAGCAGUAGCAUUAACAUUCGAUGAAGUGCGGUUGGCGCUUAAGCAAUUUGUCACAUCUGAAGAACGCAUUCGAUCCCAUGGCUAUCCGGCAGAAUCACAUACCGUAGAAACUACUGAUGGUUAUCUCUUAACACUAUUUCGCAUACCUUACUCACACAAACUGAAUAAUGGGCGCGCGAAACGUCCAGCUUUCCUGCUGCAACAUGGUUUAUUCAGCAACUCAGAUUGCUGGUUGAGCAGCGGUCCAGACAAUUCGUUGGCCUACCUGCUGACCGACGCCGGUUUCGACGUUUGGUUAGGCAAUGCCCGCGGUAAUAUUUACUCGCGCGCAAAUGCACAAAUAACCUUAAAUAGUCCGAAAUUUUGGAAAUUCGGUUGGCAUGAAAUUGGCACCAUUGAUAUUGCCGCUAUGAUUGAUUAUAUACGUGAUUUCACCGGUGAGCAAGCCGUACAUUAUGCUGGCCACUCGCAGGGCACCACGGCGUAUUUGGCGCUCAUGUCUACCAGAAAACAGUACAAUCCCAAGAUUAAAACGGCACAUCUAUUGGCGCCAUGUGCAUUCUUCGAGCAUGGCAGACAUCCCGUUUUCCAACUCUCCGCAUUGGUCGGCACACCUGAUGGGCUAUGGAACCGCCUACUCGAGGAUAUGGAGUUGAUGCCUAAAAACGAUGUGGUAAAUCGCAUUGCAGACACACUCUGCGGUGAACAACCCAAUUUGGGCAAACAAUGUAGGAAUGUCGCACUUUGGUAUGCCGGCGAUGGUUACCGCAACACAAAUCUGACUUCCAUGCAAGUGCUCAUUGAGACCCAUCCAGGCGGUUCGUCCAGCAAUCAGGGCAUACAUUAUCUCCAACUAUAUAAGUCACAUAAAUUCCGUCAAUUCGAUUAUGGAACCAAGAAGAAUCAAAAGAUUUAUAAUCAAGAUACGCCACCAGACUAUGAUCUGAGUAAAAUUACUGCUCGCACUUACUUAUACUCGAGCGCCAACGAUGCUCUGUGCGGUCCUCGCGAUGUCGACACUUUGGUAAAAAAUAUGCCGUAUCUAGUUGAGGAUUAUCGCGUAUCCGAUCCAACUUGGAAUCACAUGGACUUUAUUGUUGCAAACAAAAUGCGAGAGGUUAUCAACGACCGUGUUGUUCGCGUCGCUAAGACUUAUGAGAGAAUGUAAUGAUACAAAUAAAACAUAAGCAAGUUGAAGAU